AUGCCGGCAAAGACUCGGGCUCUUACGCACGGCGCGGUCGUCGGGAGUCCAACCAGUCGUUACUUUCCGACAACGAGGUCCGCAUCCUUCGCCGCAUCGUCCGCGUCGGGCGCGUCGUCACCCUGGAGCAGCAGCAGCGCUACUAACGCAGCCCAUGGAGCAGCCACCCACUUCACGAGAAUCCACAGCCACCCGCCGCGGCGAGAAUCAAUCCCCUCGUUGCUGUCACCUUGGGCCGCGCCUGCACUCACGUCCGCGUUUACCGCUAGCGAUCAGUCCAUGCAGUUUCGCAAACGCGCGUACGAUCAGCAAACUGAUUUCUCUCCCAACGUGUGGUCAGGCCGCGGAGCGAGCUCGGUGUCCCUUCGCCAGCCCCGCGCGUUUCUCGGGAUCUUCAGUCCCGUGGUCGCCGCAAUCGUCGCCGCGUUUGCCGCUGUGUUCGUGGUCGGAGCCGCACUGAAAGCGGUCGUCGCGAUUACCUUCGCCAUGGUCGCGGUUUCCGUCAUCCUCCCUAUCGCAUUCUUCGUUUUGCUGUUCUCGCUUCCGCUCUUCAUCCCCGCGAUACAGCUCGGAAUAGCAGCCGCGGUGGGGACCGCAGGGGCUGCUUUCGCCCUCAUCGCGACUAUACUAGGAGCGGCAUGGUCGCUUGGGCUGCUCAAUCGCGGAUCCAGUUCCCGCAGCAGUGGUAAAGCCGGUCGCGGUGGAAGGCGGGGGAAGAGAGGGAAGCGCAGCAGUGAUUUUGAAAGCGAGAUGAUGGAUUACCUUGAAUUGAGCCCCAAGGAGCGGGAGAAGAUGAAGAAGGCACUGAAUAAGCUGGGCGUGAGGAGGUGGUUCAAUGGCGCUUCAAGUGAGGAUAAUGAAUGGAAGAAGUGGGUAGACUACAUUGAGUGCAGUGAGGACGAGGAGGAUAGUGACGAUGAGAGGAGGACCAGGGGUCGAAGGGAUGCAGGAGGUGAAACGGAAACCAUUUUUAUGAGUAACGAUAACAAGCGUGAUGGUAGUAAGAAGGGGAGUGGCAGUGGGACAGGGGUUUGGCUGGAGGAGGAGGAGCGGAAGCGGAUGAAGAAGUUUGACGAGAAGCUGAUUGAGAAGAGUGUGCGGAAGAUGGGAGAUCCAUCUUCUUGGUCUGUAGACCAGGUGGCUUCCUGGCUUGAGCUGCAAGGCUUUGGUGCAUAUGCAGACACUUUCAAGGAACAACGCGUCUGUGGUGGGGUAUGUCCGCCUCUGCUGCUGUCUCUUACAAUCUCUUCCUCUCUCCAAUUUGCGGCUGUGUCUCCUCACCCUUCCGCCAUCCAUUUCGUCCCCACAGCCCUGCGCCCCUCUCUCGCCUCCCCUUUCCUUACUAAAGCCACUCACCCCGUUCCUCCUGCCCUUCCUCCCGUCCAUCUCCCCUUUCCUCCACCACUCCCGACCCCCUCUUCCCCCACUCCCUUACGUCGCUUCCCUAUUUCAGGUGGCCAUCCCGCCGUCUACAUAGUCCGCCUGCACUCCGCGCCCGCCAUUCCCGCAUACGUCGGCGGAAUCCCCGGUUUCCCCGCGACCGCCUCCCCUGCAGUUGUCGCUGAAGCAGCAGCAGUAGCCGCAGCGAGGGGGAAUGAAAAACGAGUUAAACCUCACGCGAUGACGAGCGCGGCUGACGCGGAAGAGAAUGACGAGUUGGACGAUGAUGACUAUAACGGGGACGACGGGGAUAAUUACGGAGAUGAUAAUGAUGGCAAUGCCGAGUUGGAUGUUCCAGCAAUGGCGGGUAUCCGCGUUAGUGUCAAGCCGCGGACUAACACCGGCGGCGGGGUUGGGAAGGAGGUUCUGCGGGGACCCGUGCCGGCGACGCGCGGAGUGCGCGUGAACGUGCAGGCGGCGCACGUGAAGGCGUUUGCGCGCAUGCUGGUGCGGCAGCAGCAGCAGGUGGUGGCGGAGACCCGAUUGAGCGAGCGCAACAUGCUCUACAGUUACAAAUUUGCAGCCAAUGGCUUCGCAGCGCGCCUCACUCAAGCGGACGUUAGGAGAUUAAAGCGCCACGCCAUGGUCGCUGACGUCACCAGGAGUUACGGCGUCCGGUCGGCUACCACCUACACGCCGAGAUUUUUGCAGCUGCCCGGAUCCAUGUGGGCCUCUAGCGGCGGGGGGAGCCGGGCAGGUGAAGGAGUGGUGAUCGGCGUGGUGGACACGGGAAUAUGGCCCGAGCAUCCCUCCUUCCGAGUAGCCAACUCCUCGCACGUGUACCCGCUCCCGCCGCGCCGGUGGGCGGGCAAGUGCGUGCGCACGCGCGACUUCCCCGCGUCGCGGUGCACGCGCAAGCUGGUGGGCGCGCGCUUCUUCUCGCGCGCGUACGAGGCGCAGGGCGGCGUGGUCGACACGCAAUACGACUUCCGCUCGCCGCGCGACGCGGACGGCCACGGGACGUGGUGUGCAGGCACAGCAGCAGGCACGGGCGGCACGCCCGUACUCACAUCCGAGCGGCCCCCCGUGCGCUCGCUCGGCAUCGCAAGCGGCAUGGCACCCGGCGCGCACCUGGCAGUCUACAAAGUCCUCUGGACCAAUGCCACUCUAGCCGGCUACGGCGAGCUAGCGGACGUGCAUUAUGCCAUAGACCGGGCGAUUAAAGACGGGGUUGACGUGCUCUCGCUCUCGCUCGGGGGUUUGGGUCCGGAUCAGCAUUACUUUGACGAUUUGUUGUAUUUGCUGGCGAAUCAGGCAGGCAUGGUGGUGGUAACGGCGGCGGGGAAUCAAGGCCCGGCGCCGAACCUGGGGCUGUGGAACAGGUUCGGGAUCUACCGAACGAUUAGUAACUUCUCGCCGUUCUACCUGACUGUGGGGGCAAGUUCCAUAGGCCGUCGGUUCCUCACGGAGCUGAGGCUGGGCAGCGGCAGGGUGGUGUACGCCUCUGGAGUGGGCUCGGGCACGUAUACCACGCGCCACCUGCCGCUGCUCUCUGCUGUCGACGCUGCCCGCCCCGACAGCUCACUGGAAGGGGCCACCCACUGCUUACCGGAAUCACUCUCCCCUGCACGAGCACGGGGCGCCAUAAUCCUCUGCACGCGCGGGAUGGUGGGGGUUCAAGACAAGCUGCGCUCAGUGGCAGCAGCCGGAGGAGUAGCCAUGAUCCUGGCAAACGAAGACGGAGGCUUAAUCGACCUAAACACCCUCUCUGCCACCGCCGGAGCUCCCAUACCGUUCAUCCACGUCACUCUCGCGCAGGCUCGGAUCGUCCGAGCCUACAUCCAGAGCACACCCAAACCGAUUGCGACCAUCAUGGCCCGGUGCCACGUUUUGGAAAACGCCGCGCCGCCCAUGAUUGCUCCGUUCUCCUCCACAGGCCCCACGGUGAACCCGAGGUUCGGCGCGACCGCGCCUUACCCCACGAAUGACAUCUUAAAGCCCGAUGUGGUUGCUCCUGGGGUGGAUAUCUGGGCUGCGUGGACUGGGCAGAGACGCAGCCCUAUUUCGCCCAUGGCUGUUGUUAGGCCGAGACGGGAGGAGGUGAGGAGCGGAGGUGCUGACGGUGAUGCCGGGAGGGGACGCAGUGCCGGGGACUGCCGCCGCUGCAGCCAGUGCCUGGAGUCUCCAGGCGUGUACCGGGGAGGCCUGUAA